AUGUCGACUUCAUCAUCAUCAUCAUUACAGCAAUUAUCACCCGAAUCAUCAUCAUCAUCAACAACAACAAGUUGUUUAAAUCAUCAUCAUCAACAACAACCACAUCAAUAUGAACUUUUAUUAGAUCAAAAUCAUCAACAACAAAAUUCUGAUGAUUAUUAUAAUGAUUUAUCAUAUCAAACAUCACCAUAUACAACGAAUACAAUGAUAAUGUCACCCGAUUCAUUUCAUUCAUAUAAUCAUCAGCCGCAUCAUCAUCUCAAUCCAAAUAGUCAUCACCAACAACAACAACAACAACAACCAAAACAAAAACAUUCAGAUUCAUCUGAUCAUCAUUCAAUAUUGAAUGAAUGUUGCAUAACAACAACAACAACAACAACAAAUUCAAUAAAUAAUGAUACGGAUAACCAUACGGCAAUGAUUAACGCAGAUAAUAUAAAUCAAUCAUCAUCUACUACUAUCACCACUACUAUUAAUGAUGAUAAUAUUACUAAUGAUACAUCAUUAUUAUCAAAAGAAAUAGUAAAACCACCAUAUUCAUAUAUUGCAUUAAUUGCAAUGGCCAUACAGAAUGCACCAAAUAAUAAAGUAACAUUAAGUGGUAUUUAUCAAUUUAUAAUGGAUAAAUUUAUAUUUUAUCGUGAAAAUAAACAAGGUUGGCAAAAUAGUAUUAGACAUAAUCUUUCAUUGAAUGAAUGUUUUAUAAAAGUUGCACGUGAUGAUAAAAAAACUGGUAAAGGUAGUUAUUGGACAUUACAUCCAGAAUCAUUUAAUAUGUUUGAAAAUGGUAGCUAUUUAAGACGUCGUAGAAGAUUUAAAAGAAAAAAUGAAAAAUUAUUAGCUUCAAAUCGUUUAAAAUUGAUUAAACAUCAAUGA